CUUUUGUAAAUUUUGCUUACCUAUCUUACAACUUGCUUCAAAGCGGAAAGCAAAGAAAUGUCGGCCCAAGAACCUCCAAGCAAGCAAGAUGAGUUCUGGAUAUUUGGCUACGGAAGUUUGAUCUGGAAGCCGCCGCCGCAUUUUGAUAGAAGAAUCCCCGGCUGGGUCGAAGGCUACGUACGCCGGUUCUGGCAGGUUAGUGAAGACCACCGUGGCACGCCCUCCGCACCCGGCCGCGUCGUCACCCUGAUCGAGCGCUCCUACUGGGCCUCGCUUGCCGAUCGCCACGACUCGGCGCCCGCCAAGGUCUGGGGCGUGGCCUACCGAAUCAAGGCCGACCGCGUCGCCGAAGUCAAGGAGUACCUCGACAUCCGGGAGAUUAACGGGUAUACGAUUCACUGGACCCCGUUCCAUCCAGCCUCCGACGUAGACCCUGCCUUGCUCCCUCCAGCGCAAAAGGGUCCCAUCCAGACCCUGGUUUAUAUCGGUACGCCCGACAACGCCCAGUUUACGGGACCGCAGGACCCGCAGGAGCUUUCCGAACACAUCUAUCGGAGCAAAGGGCCGAGCGGUCUGAACCGCGAUUAUCUGUGGGGGUUAGAGAAGGCCUUAGAUGAGCUAAGUCCUGAGAGCAGCGAUGAGCACGUGAAGGACCUGUCAAACCGGGUGAGGGCGGUGGCCGCGCGGUAUAAGAGUGAAGGAAAGGCCGACCCGACCGACGAGACUGAUGCCGCGACCGAGGUGAUUGAGGUAAACGGAACAACAGAAGCGACACACGACGAGCACCACCACCACCAGUUCAGAAGAGCUGGCAGCGUAGAUGAGCAGGAGGAAACCGAGAAAACAUCAUAGACGGAAAGAAGUCCGAAGAAGACCCCAUAGGGAAGUCCGCAAACCUCUCAUUUUCAAAGGACAAUAUGGGAGGAUGCUUUCUCCUCCACCAACCACUCUAGCUUUUUCCCCAGCGCAUAUCCCCGUUGGCAAGUUUGGCUCUAUUAGCCCGCAAAUUGCUGUCUUUCGAUACCUCGCUCAUGCCCAUGCCUUACGAGAUCAUUCAAUCAUAUCGUCGUUACCAGCCACACACAAUUUCCUAUCCACCCGGUGAUUCAGCCUCCAUCUCCAUCUCAUCCACUUGCUCUUGCGCUUCGUCCUCGCCGUCUAUGGGAAUCAGGAUUACAAGCUCCCACGUUUGUCGGGAACGAAGAAGGGGUAUUAAUCAAUGCCAAAGGAAAGUAAAAUCGGACGGUAUCGGCGGUUCGAGAAGUCGCUCAGCAGCUCUCUGAUCCUGGAAAAAGACAUGCUGUAGGGUAUCGGUUUCUGUUCGUCGGGAGUGACGCACGAGGUGUUCUUCCAUGUAACACAAGCUCUGAUCGCUGACCUUUAGUCAAGUAUCCGCAACGUUGCGUCAUGUGCCGCCUGCUAAUUCAGGUCGCCGCACUCUCCCAUCAAGCUAGCACGAGGUUUGGCGCGAAUCGCCGCUUAGUACUGGCCCUGGGGAGGGUACUGCUGGCCCUGCUGGGAGGGGUCGGCAGGGU